AUGGGGAACGUAAUGAGUUGGUUGGCACAAUACUUCUACCCGGAAGACCAAGUAUUCUGGUUCGCAGCACGUUACAAUGAUACGAAUAUGAUUCAAUUGGCAGCAUUACGUAUGACACCCGAAACACGCAAAUAUCUCGAAUGGCAGGAGCCGUACACAGGUCGAACACCACUUUUGGAAGCGGCAGCUAAAGGUCAUUGCAAUUGUGCUCGACUUUUAAUCGAAGCAGGAGCCAAUUGCAAUGCAAAAGAUUUGAAAAUGAACACGCCAUUGCAUCUUGCCUGCAAACGUGCUCAAUUGGAGAUGGUCAAGUUUCUACUGCAGGUGCCAGCGGUGAACCCAUUUGAGAUUAAUCUGUGUAUGAAAACACCAUUAGACUUGGCGAGAAGCAGGUUUUUAGAAGAAGAGGAAAACAUGGAAGCUCGGCUAUAUGCGAGAUGCAUUCAUGUCUUGGAAGAGAAAACCUGUUUGUACAGUGGCUGGCUGUACAAAAAGACGGACAAUGUGCUGUCUUUGGUGUCGGGUAUUUCGUCACUUAAUUCAUGGACGAGGCGCUUUUGCAUGGUAUUGGAGCGUGGAGAUCCAGCCGUUCUUGAGCUAGCAUUCUUUCGUAUGAAAGCCGGUAGUGGGAUGCGUCCAGUGUGUCCAACAUCUGUGAUGUUAUACAACGUUGCAGCUGGAAUGGAGACCAUUAGCGAUCCGAGAUGGUUCAGUCCAAAGGAUUUUACUUUUCUUUUACGGGGCGAUCAAUUGAGUAAGUGUCAUUACCGAGCAAGCUCGGCAAUUCAGAAUCUAGUGCAUUUUGCUGCAAUUGAUCAGGCGAGUUUUGAUGCGUGGAAGGUCUUCUUUAUCUAUCAACAGCAGCGACUGGUUGGUCGAUGCCACCCGACUGUUAGUAGACACGAUAACAGAAUCGGUUGGAAUGCUCGGCCCAUGGUGCCUGCUGCAUCUUUGAUCACUCUUCCUCCGGAAGAAGACAAUUGCAGAGCUAUUCGGCAUUCUUUACGAACCACACCUCACACACUUGACUUAACCAACGCAGCGCUUUCACGACCAUUCCUGCCAGUUUCAGCCCCUGAUUUGGAGGUUUCAGCCCCUGAUUGGGAUGAUCGGGAGGAAUGCGAAUUAAUUGGAAAUGCAGCGGAAACGAAAGAAUGUUGUGCUGAGUUAGAACCGUCAUUUGCCUCCGAACAAACCUUGCCUGUGGUUCACGGCGAAGAAACAUCAGUGUAUUCGUCCACUGGCGAGUGCGUAAUAUGCUUUAACGGUCCCCAGUCUGCUGUAUGUGUGCCUUGUGGCCACAAUGCUGUGUGUAUGAAGUGUGCGGAAGAAAUACAAACUUCCGCCGCUGAAUGCCCAGUAUGCCGAGCCCACAUCCGCGAGUUUAUCAAGUUGUAUCGUGUUUGA